ACAGUAGGCAAUGUGAUGUGUUGCAGAGCAGGAAAAUAUUAAGCCGAAGGGAGAGAAAAAACAAUUUCCUCAUGUAAUACUGAUAGUUAUGCAUGUGCAGAGAAGCAGAAAAACGAAAGUGCAUGACUUUUAUCACAUGCUGCAACAUCUAUUUGAUUGCAAAUCUGAUGUUUUAGUGGGAGAUUUUUUUUUAGUUUAUUUGUAUCAUGGAUUGCGGUUAAAACACUGCUGGAAAAGUUACCUCUAGGCUAGAUGAGAGAGAUAAAAUGUACCAAAAAAAUGUGCUAUCAGGCUGCAUGGAUCUCUCUCUCUCUUUCUCUCUCCCUCUCACUGCUUCAGUAUUAACAGGCUGGAUUCUGCCUGAAUACCGAGGACAUGCGCGCUGAACAGGGGGAGGAGGUGUAUCACAGACUGUCUGCUUCUGAUGUUUUGUGUUGACUCAAUUAUGGUGCGGAACUCUCAUUUUAUAGUCGCCUGUUGUUGUGGUAAAGAGGCAAAGUGAGGUUUAUUUUUUCUCCAUUUACAUACAAAUAAUUUGUUAUUUUCUAGCUUUUAAUUUCUCACGGAGUCAAGAGUUUUAUUCUUUUUCUUAUUAUUAGAUUUUUCUAAUAAUCGAUCGCUCCCGCCGCCACCCUGAAGUUCAUUGUUAUUAUCUUGGCCGCCGGGAUGGUGGCCUUCAUCGGAGCGGUUAUCUGCAUCAUCGCAGCCGUCCACACCGGAUCCUCCAGGGCAGCCGCGGCACAACAGCAGCCAGCCACCGACAACCACUCGCUGUAUCCGGACGCGGCUGCGCAGAGCCCCGCUGCGGCGGGCUCCGUGGCCCGGGUCGGGUCUUUAGGAGCUCUCCACGGUUCUGAAACACCCGAUUCAGAAGCACCCACGUUCAACAUCGGGCUCGGUGGGCUGGACGGGGUCACCGGACUCACCGGGCAUGACCCAACGGUCAGCCGGCUCAUCUGCACGCCGAUCCCCGCCGGGGAGUGCAACCCGAAAAACUUUCAGCAACAAGCGGAAGACCCGUCGCUGUACGCCGGGGAAGACUGGGGCUACCUCCGCACCACCGCGGAGGAGCUCCGGCAGACCGUCCUGCAGCAGAAGGACCAGAUACUAACAGACCAGAGGACCAUCCGGGAGCUGACGGGGAAGCUAUCCGAGUGUGAGAAGGGGCUGGACGGGAAGAGCACCAGCGCGGACCGACGCGGGAGCGCUGCUGCGGGGCUGUGGGGGGGCAAGAGCGCCGGGGAGGAGGCGCACCUGGAGCGGAUCAUGGUGCGGGAUAGCCCGGGUUCGACGCCCGACGGGGUCCACUUGCUCACAGUGAGGGCUGUGGAUGAGCUGGAGCAGGCUAUCACUCAGCUCAAAGACCGCAUAGAGAAACUGGAGUCAGACAUUGGCCCAUUUCCUCACAACCAGACGGACAGCAGCACCUCAGGAGCGCCAGAGGAAGGCGGGAUGUCUGGCGGCCCAGAAAGGUUGGCCGAUCCCGGGCACAGAGUUGGUGCUGACAGGCCCUGGAGGAUGGAAGACUUGGAAGGGGAGCUGGAGAAAAAGGUGGAGCUGUUGGAGAAAGAAAGAAAAACCCUGAGGCUGGAAACAGAGAAGCACAGACAGGAAAUCGACCGGGGCAUCAACAAACUACAUCACCGACUCUCAGGACUGGAGGGAGGUGUCUCGGGGCAUUCUUUCCCAGAGGGCUACAGGCUGUCCUUCCCGACUCGGACAAACUACAUGUACGCUGUUGUGAAACACUCCAUCCCAGCGCUGCGGGCCUUCACUGUCUGCCUGUGGCUGCGGCCUGCAGAGGGCGGAAUCGGGACACCUCUGUCUUACGCUGUUUCUGAGCAACCCAAUGAACUGGUGCUGCUGCAAGGCCUGCAUACCCCCGCUGAGCUGCUCAUCAAUGACAAGGUGGCGCAGUUGCCUCUCAACCUCUCCAGAGGCAGCUGGCAGCACAUCUGUGUGAGCUGGAACCAGAAGGGAGGAGCCUGGCAGGCCUACCAGGGGGGUAAGCUGAGGGGCGAGGGUCACGCACUGGCAGCCGGACAUCACAUCAGACCUGGAGGAAUGCUCAUACUGGGGCAGGAGCAGGAUUCCCUUGGUGGAGGUUUUGAUUCAUCCCAGGCCCUAGUCGGAGAGUUGUCCCAGGUGGGUCUUUGGGACCGGGUCCUGUCUUCCAACCAGGUGGCCAGCUUGGCCCGUUGUGGCAGAGUAACCCAGGGCAGUGUGGCUCCCUGGACCGAGAACGGAGUUGAGGUAUACGGUGGAGCAACCAAGGACCCAGGGGAGCCUUGCAGUAAACACAACAGGAGUUCUCAAUGACAGAUGGGGGGAGGGGAAGAGAAAGAAAGGAGGGUGAAGGGAGGGAUAAAGUUAUAGCCCUUUCAAGAAGGGAGGAUUUUGCCUAUUAUUAGCACUGCUACUGGAUUUUUACAUCAACUCUAUGUGGCACGGACUGACAAGUAUGUAAAAAAAUGGAAAAUGAAUGGUAAAUAUGACUUACAUCAAGGCUUUGUAGUUACUUCUUCACACUUCUAGCAACAACAUCUGAUGCCAACAUGGAGGCCCAAUUGAAAAUUGUAUACAAGAUGAGAUUCCCAUAAAUAUAGCUUUAAAACUUAAAGUAAUAAGUAAGUAAAAUAUACAUAUAUUUGAAAAAAAGUACAUAUGUAUCUGAAUUAAGGCCACAAUAGACUGUUUUGUGAUUGGUCCUAGCUAUUCUGUGCUAUGUUAGCGAAUCAGCUGUGUAAUUAAUGGAUGCAACUAAUAAAAAUGUGAAUAUGUGAACACUACCAAAUUACUGACCUUCUGUUAGCUAUAAAUUCAAUUAAAAGUGUAUAAGCAAUGAUAGUGAUGGUUAGCUAUUUUUUAACUGGUAUGAUAAGCUAGCUAACAAACCUUUACAGCAAUUUUGGGAAAUAUACUUAUUCACUUCCUCACUGAUAGUUAGAUGAGAGGAGGAAUACCACUCAUGUCUGCUCAGUAAAUAUAAAGAUAGUAGUCAGUUGCCAGCUAACUUAGCUUAGCAUAAAGACUGGCUAGCUAGCUGGCUCUGUCCAAAGGUAACAAAAUCCACCUACCAGCACUUUUAAGUUCACUAAUUAACAUCAUAGACUGUAUGUGGAUAUAGCAACCGUGCUGUCACCGAUGGGUUUGUCGACUAUGAUGUUGAAGCCCAGAGUUUGUCAUUUUGGCCGCUGUCAUCUUGGUUUUUGGGCGUUGCCAUCUUGGUUUCUUGGAGCCAGUUGUGACCAUAUUUGGAAGAGAGUGAGACUGUAAGUUACAAGCUCGUCCAAUUGUUAGCUAAGCUGGUUCGCAAGACACAAAAAUGAACAGUCAGCCACCCCCUUAGAGUGUCUUUAGUACAACCAAAUGCUGAACAAGACAAUUUUAGGAGCCAAAUUGUGAUACUUAAAUUUAUAAUACACUUUAAAAGUUUGCGAGAAUUGGUAAUUUAUUUUGUAGACUUCUUAAAUCCAUAAAAUGACUAGUGUUAAAACCAACAAUUUGACCUGUAUACAAUUUGUUUAUGUGCAGAAUAAACAAAGGAGACACUUCUUGUUAAAUAGUGAGCAUUGCAGAUGCUGGUAGGCGAAAUGUGUUACCUUCAAAAAAGUUAAGCUGGCUUUUUCUCUCCAUUUCCAGUCUGUGCAGAAAUUAUUGUCUAUUUAUUCCAUUGAGACAGCUGAGCUAGGAGAAAUUCAAUGAGUUGUUCACAGCUGCUGUAGCCUAAGAGCUGUUGACCUCCACUAUGGCUGCCAGAAGUUGUGUAAAGCCAGCUGAAAACCCUCCGUGAGUGCAGCAGGGUCGGAGUGAAGUUAAUUAAGGACUGCGACAGCUUUAGAGUUGGAAGUCAUGGUAAGGUGAUGAAAAGUGUUGUAGAAAGUGAAGAGAAUGUUAAUGGCAGCAAGGAGUAGAUGAUGAAAGAGAAAGGAAAGAGGGAGGACAGGGAGGAAAAAAUAGAUUGGGCACUUUUGAGGAGUGAUGCUCCAUUGUUUUCACCUCUGCAUGAUGUAUUCAUUAUACCUAUAAUGUCUUGCCACUGCACUUUGCAGCUCACACAUUUCACAAAAGAGGACAGUGCCUCCAGUCUUUGUUUUUAUUAAGGCCUGAGGGUCUCUCAAUAAGUCACUGAACAAAUCUGAAACAAGAUUCCAUUCGGAAAUCACCACCAUUAGCAGAAUGUUCCUCUUUUUGGAGGGGUACUUUGCAUAUUUUUUGACAAGCCUUUACCCCAUUUAUGUCAUUUUGUGCAAAUCUAGAAAAUCAAGGUCAAAAUAUGGGCUCUGAUCAAGGAAAUGUGUCUCAGAUGACAACUUUUGGCUUCAUCCUGUAGCACACUUUAUUUUCUUGAAUUUAAUUUUGCAACAUUCAUACAGAGAUACAUAACAUUUGCAGCCCAGUCACCAGAAAAAAAUCUUGACAUUGUACGUUUUUGGACACUACAGAUAUGUUGAAUGUCACAUUUCUGACCUGCUGCAAGCCAUUCUCAUUCCCUACGCAACACAUACCAGUGCUUUGUUGGCAUCACAUUUAAACACACUAACUGGCCUAGUUUUAUUCUCCAACGUCGUAGUUUAAACAGGUGGUUAACUGGGUGAAAGUCCAAAGUCUGUUUGCCCCACCCAUCCAUACCGACCACCUGUCCACACGGAUUUUAACGCUCAUUAUACUACGUCAUCUGAAUUACGGAGCACUUGCUCUCAGCAUUUCAUUUUUAACGUAAAUGGUUUCACAUUGGUUGAAAGCCCUGUGCACCUCCUAUGGACGCUAAAGUGUGCAAAAUCUGUUUUAUAUUAACAUAUUUGUGGUUUGCAGAAAUGUACAAUGCCAACAUAUUUCUAUCCACUGAGCUGGUUCUUUAAAUCCAUGGUUCUGAAUGCAACCUACAUACAUACCUGUAUCAUUAUUUUCAAAUUAACAUAAUGCACUCACAGUCUGUUUAACAUUUUUAGAUAUUGACUGUUUCCUCUUUGCAAUUUUCAAUAAUGUGGUUUGAUAUAUUAACAACCUGCAACCUCCGACUCUUCCAACCUUCCUACAUUCCAUGCAUGAGUUGUGCUGUAUGUUUGUUACAUGCCUCGGUGCAUCCGGUAUGUUUCUGAAAUUCCAUCUCUUUAAUGAUUGUUCUCCACUGUUGUGUGAGACAUGUGAUGUUAAAUAGAGAUUGUUCAUAUCACACUUGUUAAAACACUGGCUCUCCCUAGCAUAAAAAUAAUCCUGAGUGGAAAGUGCCUGUCAGGGUGUUUGUACCCAUGUAAACAAAUCAUUUAAUUUAUUAUCCUGAUGGAAAAUUCACACCGUGAGAUAUUUUGAACUAAUUAAGCAUCAGUGUCUCGUGAAUUCCCUGGUGGAUUUUUAAGAUUUAAGAGGUUUGAUAAAACAUUUAAAAUACAGGAAUUUCUGUGUAGUGCCGCCAAACUGAUGCUGAAUCAGGUCAGAAUCGUCUCGCUGUGCCUAAUAGUGUCUUUGAUAAUGCCUCUCAGUCUGCAGUGUUAUUAUAAUAUUAUGCCUGGUGUCUGUUCGGCUCGUGUCAGAGCUUUUUUGUUGGGCUUUUUGAUAGUGGUGUGGCAUUAUUCCGUUUACAGCUAUUGGCAUUGAAAGCUUUUGAAACUCUAUUGGCAGUGUUUUCUUACAUGACAAAUCAGAUUUUUUUUCACUGUAUGCAUUGGUAUCUGUCUAUUUCAUGUUGUUUGUAUAAAUACUGUAUGUCUAUGUCUUGUAUGGUGUUGUAUUGUUCUGCAUAUGUGCCGUGUACAAACCUCAAAUCUUUAUUAAAGUCCUAAUUUUCAAAUGUAAA